AUGUUCAACUUAUUUAAUAAGAAAUCGAAUAGAAACGAGAAUUAUAAGAGCGCUGAGAGAGAAGACGAUGAUUUCGUAAUUGUAAAUGAUGGUGUCACUCAAUCUGGAUGGGUAGCACUCAACGAUGAUCAUCAAUAUAUUCAACAACAGUAUCAGCAAUUACAACAACAACAACUUCAACAACAGCAACAGCAACAACAACAACAGCAAGAACAACAACAACAGACCAAUUCAAAUAUAUUACCAAUCUAUCAAAUUAAACAACAACAAUUGAAUUUAGAUGAAUUAGAAGUACAAAAUCAGGAUGAACAGCAAGAACAAGAGGAAGUAGUGCAACAAGUAGAACAACUCAGUGAGGAAGAUGUUCCAAAUAUUAUUGAUUUCAGAGUUGUCAGAGAAUCAAAUCCGUUGGUCGAUUUUGAUGUUGUAAAUUGUAAUAAUAAUAAUAAUAGCAACAAUAACAAUGAAUGUGAUAUAGUUGUUCCAGUUGCUGAGAAUUCAAUUGGUUCACCAAUGAUUGUAGAGGACCAAGAGAUUGUUCCAACAAUCAAUACUGAACCAAUCUUGAUAAAGACCACCGGUAAAUCAGAGAAUAACUAUGCUUCGCCAAGUAACAACAUCAAACCAUAUUUCACAAGAACUACCAACACAUCCACCAGCUACACCAACACUUCACCAGUUCCAAUCCGUGGAGGUUUCACAAGAUCCUCAGUGCCAACCACCAACUACGUUUCCAACACCAAUGUCACAUCCUAUAUUUCUACAUCAAAGACAACCGGUACCUACUUUGAUUAA